CGUGAUAUAGCGCAGCAGUCGGUUUGUAUCCAUAGCCAACUCUAUCCUAUCCAAGUCAAGGUUUGUGGGAUGUUUAAACCUACUAGUCUACUUUCUAAUACCGUUUUGGUGAGCUUUCAACUGGAAGCAACAGCUAAUUAUAGCGAGAGUAGUUUACUGCAAGAAGCUUCAGUUUCGCGGUGUUGGUCGGGCUACUCAUUAUAGGAAUUAACGAAGAAGACGCAAGACGCUCCUUAGAUUUCACAAACGCAUAAAGGAGAACAUCUUUAUUUUUCCUUGCCUGAAAGGAAGACUUGUAUUUGUAGACUAACGCCUACUAAUAGAAGACAGCCUCCAUCGCAGUGUUUCGGGAAGUUUGGGUUGUAAAUACGCCUGUGGGUCAUUUAUUUAGGCUAAGAUUUACCAGUGGGAUUGGAGUGUAUUUCCUCUCUUCCUUUUCAAUGCUUUGUGAGAACGGGUGGUCGUCUACCGUAAAAACGUAAGGCUAUUGAUAACGGAGAUAAGUGAAGAGUGCGCUCCCACGCCUGCCCUGACCUUUAGAUGCCGGGCAUAAACUCCACCGCCGCCCCUCACUAUGAGUCAGGCUGGGAGAUGGAGUACGACCACUAUCAACAUUACUUCUACGACGACCACGAUCCGGAUGAGGAUUUCUUUAAAUCCACUGCGCCCAGCGAGGACAUAUGGAAGAAAUUCGAGCUAGUACCGACCCCGCCCAUGUCCCCUAUCCGGACAUUAGAGGGGGCAGCCGGGGUCGGGAUGGUCUGCCCUUCGCUGGGGGACAAACUCGAGUGGGUGUCCCAGUUUUUGGGUCAAGAGGACGACCAGGAUGUGCCGUAUAAAUUCAGUUCCGCCUACGAGGCUUUGGGGAACCUGAGCUCCAUUAUCAUCCAGGACUGCAUGUGGAGCAGCUUCUCCGCGGGCAAACAGCUGGAGAAAGUUGUCGGGGAGCGACAUGCUUCCUGUCCCGGGUCGGGGCCGACCAAACCGGCCCUGCAGCAGGUGGGAGCUGGCAUCAACACCACCGGGAGGGCGCAGUGUGUGACGAUACCCAUGGACGUUCCGGUUCUCAGUAGCUUGGCAACGGAUUGCGUGGACCCGGGUGCUGUUCUCACCUUCCCCCUGGCUGGGGGACCGUUCAAGAAACCUGCGGUGUCCUCCGGUUCGGAAUCCCCCACAGACUCAUCAGAUGAUGAAUCUAGUGAUGAUGAGGACGAAGAGGAGAUUGAUGUGGUGACUGUGGAACACAAGCAGUACAAGCCCCGGCGGCUGUCCAACGGCAGGCUGAACGGGCGGACGCCGGUGACCAUCACGGUCGGCGCGGACCCUGUGGACCCGUGUAUGAAACACUUCCACAUCUCUAUCCACCAACAGCAGCAUAACUACGCAGCGCCUUCCCCGGACACACACAAACAUCCCGAGCCCCCCAGGAAGAGAGUCCGACACGAGCCCCUAAAAUCUUCUCAUAACUUCUCAAACUCACCUCACCCCAAGCCACACCCAGGCCCCGCCUCAACCAAUCAGAACCCUGAGAGCAAACCACCUCACGUCGCAGUGGCAACGGCCGGUUCGGAGUCACCUGACGCCAACACACUCAUCCUUGCCUCCUCCCCCUCGAACUCUCCCCCAUCCUCCUCCCACCACCACCUCUCCUUGAGGUCCUGCUCCCACCCCUGCAGCCCCCAGUCCUCCGACUGUGAGGACACGGACAAACGCAAGACUCACAACUUCCUGGAACGUAAACGGCGCAAUGACCUGCGCUCUCGUUUCCUGGCGCUGCGGGACAACAUCCCUGGCUUGGCAGAGUUCCCCAAGACACCCAAGGUGGCCAUCCUGACACGUGCCACUGAGUACCUGGCGCAGCUGCAUUCUAGCGAGCGCCAGCGGGCACAGGAGAAACGUCAGCUGAAGGCCAGGCAACAGCAGCUUCUCCGCAGGUUGGCACAGCUCAAACAAUGCCCCUGAACUCACUGACUGGCUGGCUGGCAAAGCUCAAACAACAUCCCUGAACUGACUGGCAUACUGACUGGCAGCGACCUCUAGUCGACAGAAACCAGGACUCUCAUUAACUGGCAGGGAGAGCAGCCCAAGUAGUAUGCUUUGCUGAACCCUAUAUUAUAAACCAGGACUGAGUCAAAACCAGGGACGGAUCUAAACCCUAUAUUAUAAACCAGGACGGAGUCAAAACCAGGGACGGAUCUGAACCCUAUAUUAUUAAACCAGGACGGAGUCAAAACCAGGGACGGAUCUGAACCCUAUAUUAUUAAACCAGGACGGAGUCAAAACCAGGGACGGAUCUAAACCCUAUAUUAUAAACCAGGACUGAAUCAAAACCAGGGACGGAUUUGAGAGGAUUUUCUUGCUCUCGUUGGCCCAAUCCCAAAUGGAUCCCUUUGCCCCUAUUCGUAGGAAAGCGGUUCAAGAUCUGCAAGGACACCAACGAUCAAGGGAAAAGACAUAGUGGGUUUAGUGUUGGGAUGGGGUUGUGAACUCCCAGACACACACACACACACACACACACACACAGGAUGAGAUUAAGGAGCAAAGACACGAACGGUCACUUUGUGGGGUGGGGAAGUGGGUUAUAAUGUGGUGUUAGGGUUCUGUUGUUUUGCACAUUUGCUUCAGAGUGAUUGACAGAGCAAUCAUCUCGUCAGGAAGGACAGUAACCUGAUGUCACGUGAUCAUAGUUUUGUUAUUGUGGGGGGGGUUCUGGGUUGGCAUUUUAUCUCUCUGUUAUAUCUACCAAAUUAAUAAAGUAUGUAACUAUUUUAAUGUUAAGUCAUGUUUCCCGAUUUGGAAGAUUAUUUGUUAAUGAGAAGUUAUCAUGCCACGUCGGCGGUGUGAGAUUUGAUUGUAUGCAUGUGUAAAGAAGAUGAUCCGUCGCUACAGCAACAACGGCUCAGAUGGAGUUGAUGUUGACAUGAGAACAUCUUGGAAAAAUAGUCCUAAACUAAAUACAUUUUUGAUCAACUCUGAAACUCAAUAUCUUUAUACUUUCAGUGCCAUUUUUGAAACCAGUCAGUGACUAAUGGAUUUUUCUUUUUUCUUCUUCUAAUGAUCAAAAUGUUAGCCAUUGCAAAACAAUGGACGUUCAUUUGAAACGGACAGGAAAUGCAACAUCUGCUUGUCCAUGUUAACGUUGCCCCUAUAAUAUUUGCCAACCUUUUCUUUCCUGUUAUUGUCUUAAGACUGUAUGGUAUAUGAGUGGAUCCAUCGAUUUUUGUGCAUUAUGUUCAGAUCAGCCUGUGUUUUGUGUGUUACAUACGAGUAUCCUUCUAUAGAGUCCCUAAUGAACCAAAACCAGAGCUUUUAGAUUUAAUUGUAUUUUCUUUCCUGUUUCCUGUCACUGGCUUAACUCAAAUUUCAAAAUGCUUAUUAUUUUUGUUGUUGUUAGUAAAAAGAAAAAAAAAGGUGAAGUAAAUAAACAUUUAAAUAAUAGCACGAUUGAAACAUUACUUUGAUCACUUUGUGACGCUGUUCUCAAUGCCCUUUUUUUCUUUACCGUUAUAAUUUAGUUUUUUUUGUUGAUUUUGUACAAAAGGUCUUGAGUUUUGUACUAUAUUUUCCUACAGAGUGUUGUUGUUGUGAGCUGACGUGGUUGGUAUGGCUGUUCUGUGCUGCCCCUCACUCUCUCUCACCCCCCUCCCGGUCUCUCUCACCCCCCUCCCGGUCUCUCUCACCCCCCUCCCGGUCUCCUCUCUCACCCCCCCUCCCGGUCUCUCUCACCCUUCCCUGCUCAAACUAAUCACUAUCUAGCCAGCACUUUCUAAAAUCUCACAAUAGGGCACCUAAGAGGAUGUAGUUCUUAAAGGCCUUGGCUGGUCUGUGCGUAGCCUGAAGUGAACCCACUGUCUCAGCCCCUCCUUCCCCCCAGGGAACCCACUGUCUCAGCCCCAUCUUCCCCCCCAGGGAACCCACUGUCUCAGCCCCUCCUUCCCCACAGGGAACCCACUGUCUCAGCCCCUCCUUCCCCCCCAGGGAACCCACUGUCUCAGCCCCUCCUUCCCCCCCAGGGAACCCACUGUCUCAGCCCUAUCCUCCCUCCCCUCACCCCCAGUGAACCCACUCUCAGCCCUAUCCUCCCUCCCUCACCCCCAGUGAACCCACUGUCUUAGCCCUAUCCUCCCUCCCUCACCCCCAGUGAACCCACUGUCUCAGCCCUAUCCUCACCCCUAGUGAACCCACUGUCGCAGCCCUAUCCUCCCUCCCUCACCCCCAGUGAACCCACUGUCUCAGCUCCUCCCACCAGCUGUAUCACAGCAUGUUAGUUAACUCUGGGGGUGAUUAGUUGAAGCCAUAGCAACAGAGAAGCUCUGAAACUAUGGUUGCGUGCCAAAUGGUUCCCUAUAUAGUAAUCCACUACUGACUAGAACCCUAUGGGCCCUAAUCCAUUUAUAGUGCACCCCCCCCCCCCCCAAGAACUCUAUGGGCCCUGGUACAAAAAAAAUAUUGUACAAUGUAGGGAAUAGGGUGCCAUAGGAGAUGAGCACUCAUCCUGUAGUGUAACAGACUUGAUGAUGUAUUUUUAAUAUAACCUACUCGGUGGCCUGUCAUCAUCCUUGUUACCGAGAGAGAGAGAGAUCUCAGGAUUACCUCGUAGGAGCGCUGAUCUAGGAUCAGUUUUGGCAUAUAGAUACAACAAUAAUAAAAAGAUUAGAAAUGGACAGAUCCUAGAUCAGCACUCCUACUCUCAGAUGCGUUGUGGAUAUGGGCCCAGGGAGCGAGAGGAUUAGAUUGGGUGGCAACUGUUUUUUUUGGGCAGCCUGGUUUCAGAAGGUGAGCCGCUACUAAUGUUAACCUUGAAAGCUUGGAUUACUCCCUCUGCCUCCCACAGAGUAGCGAGGGCGAGCGUAGAGCGGAACGAUGGAGAGGGUGAGAUAGUAGGGGAAAGGGCAGUUGGAAGAGAGAGAGAGACUAGGAAGGAAGGGAGAGCAAAACUAGAGUAUCUCUUCACUUUCACUACUUUCUUCAUCUGUUCUUUCAGCACAUACCACCAGUAGCCUGUAUAUAUAUCUCUUGUAACGCAAGGUCUAUUAGCGCCGCCUCAGGAUUGGCUGUAGCCCAUUGUAGUUUUAAUUUGUCACUGGUCUCUGUGUGUUAGACACAGUCAUUUUGGCAGUGGGCCAUACUACGUUUCACUCUGGGAAUUCUAAUAUGGUGGCAGGCAGCCUUGUCUCAAGCACUUUGUUUUCAGUACCUCAAGCCUAUAUGUACAGGGAGAAUCAGACCAAUGUAAUAAAUGCAAAACAUUA